UAAAAAGAAACCCUCAAGAACUUUCCUCUUAAGUCUCUUAAUCCUGCCUCCUUAUUUCUCUCCAUCUUCGCCCCCCCCAUUCCAUUCAUUACCUUAAACCUCUCACUCUUUACUUCUUACAAGUUUCAACUCUCUCACUAGUCUACCCAACUACCAAAGUUCAAAUGAGCAACGAAUUCGGAGAUCGGCCCGAUUUAUACGCGCCCGAUAAAGGCUAUGCCCUCAGUGGCAAAAUCAUGCUCAGCGCCAUCGUUAUUUUAUUCUUCGUUGUUAUCUUAAUAGUGUGUCUACACCUCUACGCUCGCUGGUACCUACUCAACGCACGUCGCCGCCAAAUCCGCCGUAGCCGCUACCACCGUCGUACGCAUCUUGUCUUCUAUGUUGACCCCGCCAAUCCGAAUCCCAUGGCCACCGCCACGCGCGGCCUCGACGCGGCUGUCUUGAGAUCGCUUCCUGUUUUCGUCUACUCCUCCAAGACCCACCCCGAGUCUCUCGAUUGCGCCGUUUGUUUGUCCGAAUUUGAAGAGAACGAAUCGGGUCGGGUAUUGCCCAAGUGUAAGCAUAGUUUUCAUAUUGAAUGUAUUGACAUGUGGUUCCACUCCCACUCCACUUGCCCUCUGUGUCGGUCCCCUGUGGAGCCGUGUCCAGAUGAACCCGAAAACCCGACUCAUGUGGUGGUUUCGGUGACUGAGCCGGGUUCAAGUUCCGGGUUGUGUGUGACGUGUCAACACGAGGACGAACUGGUGGGAACAUCGUCGUUUGAAGAUAGAGGAAAGCCGAGGGAGUUUGUAAAUGUGUCGAUAGAGGUUCCGACAAGGAAUUAUAACGAAGGUUUUGAGAACGAGUCAACCGGUUGUGACUCAGCGUCUAGUCAGACUCAGACUCAGUCUUCGUUUCGAUCUCCAGUGAGUCGUAUGUUAUCGUUUAAGAGGAUUCUAAGCAGAGAAAGAAGAGGGAAUUCAUCUCCUUCAGGUAAUACCGCUUGUUGUGGUGGGACUUUCACUGAGUUAGAUAUCGAGCGAGGUAGAGAGUAGAGGACUGGACAGACUCGGUGUCGACCCGGUAGUGACUCAGUGAGUUAGAGUGGAUGCGGUACGUGGCGGAUAUUU